AAUAAAUUGUCAAGAGAUGUCAGAGAAUUGGCAAGAAAGAUUAGAGAUCUCGAUGCAAAAGAUACAUUCCGAACGGAGUCUAGCGCCAAACUACUAGAGAAACUGUACAUGAUGGGCCUGAUCGCGACGAAAUGGGACCUUGCCCUGUGCGACCAGGUGAAUGCGUCCUCAUUCUGUCGCAGGAGAUUGCCCGUGAUCAUGGUGAAGCAGCGCAUGGCUCAGAAGGUCGAAAUGGCCACGCAGCUCAUAGAGCAGGGUCAUGUCAGGGUGGGCGCCGAGGUCAUCAAGGAUCCCGCUUUUCUUGUUACCAGAAACCUUGAAGAUUUUGUUACCUGGAUGGACACCUCCGCCAUUAGAAAGCAUAUCAAACAGUAUAACAAUGAGUAUGAUGACUUUGAAUUCUGAGCUGUGGCGUGACGUCAUUCUUCUCAUCGAUUUUGAGAUCCACUCCAAACUGUCAUCAUUAGUUGAACUGGAAGCUUUGGUGUUAUUUAUGACAAAAGCUCACAGGUCAAAGUGAAUAUUACUGUACAAUCUUCCGUUAGGCUGAGACAUUCUCCUCAUAAUAAUAUUAUAUUUAGACAACUGAUUUCUUUUGUGUACUAAGUUAGAAUAAGAUAAUAGUGCAUUCUUUAUUGUCAGAGAAUAAAGCAAUACAUUGUCGAUAAUGUGUACCAAUGGUA